UCCUCUCCAUAACUCCUCUGUUUCUUAUUGCCAACCGCCAUUGGAGACCAUCACAAAAGCUUCAAGAUUAUGCAACACCCUCCCGGCAAACCCGCCAUCGAUGACGGGACCGCGGUCACGCGGUCCGGUCAGAGCGUUUUCAUGUCGGUUUACAAGACCCGAGUCGCCGAUCAGUGUUGGUUGAUCACCGUCACUUGGUGCAAGAACAUGUUGCUUCACGGGCUAUCGGUGUCGGUCGACCGACCGCACGCCGAGACCACGUGCAAGGUCGAGCUGAAACCGUGGUAUUUCUGGCGGAAACAAGGCUCCAAGAGGUUUGUGUCGGAUGGUAAGGCGAUCGAUGUUUUCUGGGACCUGAAAGCGGCCAAGUUUCACGGGGAAACGGAGCCGAGCUCGGAGUAUUACGUGGCGGUCGUUUGCGACGAAGAAGUGGUUCUCUUACUCGGGGAUUUGAAGAAAGAUGCUUAUAGAAAAACCGGUUGCAGGCCGGCUUUGAUCGAUCCGAUUUUGGUAUCGAGAAAAGAACAUGUUUUCGGGAAAAAGAAGUUUGUAACGAGAAUCAAGUUUCACGAAACGGGUCGGUUUCACGAGAUAUCGAUUGAGUCGAAGAACACGAACACCGAACACGGGGCGGAUUCCGAGAUGGAGAUAAGAAUCGAUGGGCAUUUAAUGGUUCAUGUGAAGCAUCUUCAAUGGAAAUUUAGAGGUAAUGAAUCCAUUAACUUCAAGAAAGUGAAGAUUGAAGUUUAUUGGGAUGUUCAUGAUUGGCUUUUUAGUCCUGGUUUAAGGCAUGCAUUGUUUAUAAUCAAUUCAACGGCUCCGGUGGUGGUGCCGCCAACGUCGACACCAUCGUCGUUGGCGGCAGGGGGUUGUGGUUCGUCGGAAGGGUUUAACCCAAAUGGGUUCUAUGAGUUUUGCCUCUUUCUUUAUGCUUGGAAGGUCGAAUGACAUCCAAAUCAACAUUACUUGUCACUUCUCUGUUUUACUUCAAACGAUGUCUGUUUGUAUCUACAUUCGAACUUACCGAAGCCUGUCCAUGGUUAGUUAAAAGACGUUACGUUUUACGUGUU